AUGCCCACAUCACAUCCUGCUUACGCCUCCCCUGACAUGGGUAAUGAUACUGGCAUUCAAACGCGCAGCGGUAGAGCACUUGGUACUCCAUCCAGUCCUGGUACAACAAUAUCGACCCGUCGAUCAAAAUCCCCUCGCAUCCGAGCAAGAAAGAACACGAAGAACUCUAACAAAAAAGGAGGACCUGUCAUAGAUGCGCCACUCAGUGAGCUCACCAAGGAUUACAAAACCCCUGUUCGGGACAUGUCGCUGUGGGCCAAUCGUCCAGUUGAAGAGCGCAUGGCCGAGGUAGACAGGAAGAAGGGAUACAUUUCCCGACCCAUGAACUCCUUUAUGCUGUAUCGCAGUGCGUAUGCUGACAGGGUCAAACAAUUCUGUAAAGAGAACAACCAUCAAGUCGUCUCACAGAUCACUGGUGCAAGCUGGCCGCUCGAACCACGAGAAGUUCGAGAAUUUUAUGAGCACCUCGCCAUUCUUGAGAGAGACAACCAUGCUGCAGCACAUCCGAACUAUAAAUUUGCGCCAAACAAAUCAACCAAGAGGGAGAGAAAUGAUGAUGUGGCCAGUGACAGUGAUCCGGAUUGGGAAGGUUCAACAAGAGGUUCAAAACGCAGUCGCAGUAUGCGUCGAUUCGAGAGCAGAAGUGCAUCUGCUACCCCAUUUGAUGACAGGCAUACCCGAUAUCAUCAUCCUAUGCCUUCUCUGAACCUUUCCGGGUAUGAGAUGAGCAAUCCAUACGGCCCAACACCGUUGAUGAUUGGUCCGGACGGGUUUGUCGGCCAAUAUUAUCAAGCUUCCAUGCACAUUGGUCCUUAUGGUGAUCAGACAAGUGACAUCAGGUACGAGAGGCUCGAAGACCCAUUUCAGCAAUACCAGUCCAACAUGGAUCUCGUGGGCUUGCCAACCGGUGGCCACCAUGAGCUGCUGGCUUCUCAACCACCGCUUCAACAAAACUUCUACGUCCAAAACGACAUUCUCGACCCACGAUUGGGCCAAUACGGCUCGGACUUCCAGCUCCUGUACGUCGACGACGGAGUUGACCGAAACCAAGAAAGAACCAUCUCAUUCGAGCCGGCAUCUCAGGUCGAAAUGCAGUAUCAGCCAGAAGCAUACCAUCCAGGCCUCGUAACUUUAACGGAAGAACAUGAUGUCUGGGGCGACUCGGCAAAUAUGGGCAACGAUUUUGACUCGGAGUUUCAAAAAUUGGUCUGA